AUGAGUAGCCAUACUCCUGCUCGCACAGACUCAAUUGACCAUUUGUUGGAUAUGGAACCUGGCCAUGAUGCUCAGACAGAACUCGAGUUUCAAAAUUUUGUGCUUUCUAGUGCAGAAGCUGAUUUGAUUGCUGGAAAGGUUGUCAAGAGUCCUAUGCCUGCUCGCUCCUCACACCAAGCAGAAAGAGACAAUUUUGGAUUCUCAAAUCCACCUGGUCCCAGUAUGAACUCACAAGGAUUACCCAGCAACAUGCCCAAAAACAUCCAGCCAUCAACAAAUCAAAUUUCCGAACAGCAGCCAGUCGCAACUACAAGCGCAUUCUGGACAUUUGAAUACUGGAUGCAAUACUUUCAAGUUGACUCUGUGGAUGUUGGUAACAGGAUCAUAACGACCAUCAUGCCCAUGAAGUCAUUUAUGGAAUUAAUUGAUCAAAAUCCAGACUUUUACGGUCCAUUUUGGGUCCCAACUACAGUUAUUUUUACAUUGUUUGCAACUUCUACCAUGGCAGAGUCGAUUGCCAAAGCGUGGUCCAACCAGAAAUAUGAAUAUGAUAUGACGAUGUUGUCGUUUGCAGGUGCUGUUGUGUAUACAUAUGUACUACUAUUGCCUGCAUUAUUGUGGGGCAUCGCCAAAUAUUUUGGAAUUGCUACUAUUCGGCUGUUUGAUAUGAUCAACGUGUAUGGUUAUGGCAUAGCUAUCUGGGUUCCUGUUUCGCUUUUGUGUAUUAUUCAAAGUGACCUUAUUCGGUGGAUUAUUGUUCUUGCUGCCUUUGCACUAUCAACAUUUUUCUUUAUCAAGAAUAUUCAACCACUAGCGACAGAUGCGCGAGCCAUCAGUAUGAUAUUUAUCCUAGUGAUUGGCAGUCAGGUUGCACUGGCACUUGUUUUCAAGACACAAUUCUUUCAACAUACGAUCCAGAUUGCUCCCAGCUAGGAUUUUAGCAAAUAAAGUGCCAUUUUCAAUCGU